CCCCGGAAGUUUUUGGUGAAGCGCGCACGUUGAGCUGGCUUCGCCGGGGCUGCCUGGGGAUCAUGUCUUCCAAGAAGAACAGAAAGCGGUUGAGCCAAAGCGCGGAUCAUGGUUCGCCCUCGCUCGCUGCUGCUUCCUCUCGUGCGGGAGCCUCGGCUCCUUCUGCUGGCUCAGACUUCGCGGCGGCAGCCGGGACUCUGGUGGUGACCAACUUCCUAGAAAAGGAUGACAAAAUUCCUAAAACAUUCCAGAAUUCUCUUGUUCAUCUUGGACUCAACACUAUGAAGUCUGCAAAUAUAUGUAUAGGUCGACCAGUGUUGCUUACCAGUUUGAAUGGAAAGCAAGAGGUCUAUACAGCCUGGCCUGUGGCAGGAUUUCCUGGAGGCAAGGUUGGCCUGAGUGAAGUGGCACAGAAGAACGUGGGCGUAAGGGUUGGCGAUGCCAUCUGGGUACAGCCUCUGGUGGGUGCUGUGCUACAGGCUGAGGAAAUGGACGUGGCACUGAGUGACAAAGAUAUGGACAUUAAUGAAGAAGAACUGACUGGUUGUAUCCUGAGAAAACUAGAUGGCAAGAUUAUUUUACCAGGCAACUUUCUGUAUUGUACAUUCUAUGGACGACCAUGCAAGUUGCAAGUGUUGCGAGUGAAAGGGGCGGAUGGCAUGAUGUUGAAAGGGCCUCAGAAUGACUCUGACACUGAUGCCCAUAGAGCGGCCUCUGAACGGUCAAGCAUGGAAACCAGUAGCCUGGAUUUAUCCUUACAGCUAAGCCAGUUAGAUCUGGAAGAGCCCCAGAAUCCAGUAUCAAGAAGUACUCCUUGUAAACCUGUAGACAACAAACUUAUAAAGAAAGCUGGUGAUGUUUCAUUGGAUGUUACACAGAGCCCUAGGGAUGGCAGUGGACUUGGACUGGAGGAAGUAACAGGUCUUAAAUGUAGUUUUGAGUCUGCCAGAAAAGGAAAUAAGCAACUUAAAAAUGACGAGAGACUGCUAAAAUCCACCAACAUGGGAGCAAAGUGCAAUACGGAUACUUUUUAUUUUAUUUCUUCAACAACAAGAGUCCGUUUUAUAAAGACUCGUACAAACUCAAAAGAGCAAGAUAACCAAUUCAGAGUAACUUACGACAUGAUAGGAGGCUUAAAUAGUCAGCUGAAAGUAAUUAGAGAAAUGAUUGAAUUGCCUCUCAAACAGCCCAGACUUUUCAAGAGUUAUGGAAUUCCUGCCCCUAGAGGAGUGUUACUCUAUGGCCCUCCAGGUACUGGAAAGACAAUGAUUGCCAGGGCUGUUGCUAACGAAGUUGGAGCCUAUGUAUCUGUAAUUAAUGGUCCUGAAAUUAUAAGCAAAUUCUAUGGUGAGACUGAAGCAAGGUUACGUCAGAUAUUUGCUGAAGCCACUCUACGGCACCCAUCAAUUAUUUUUAUUGAUGAGCUGGAUGCACUUUGCCCUAAAAGAGAGGGGGCUCAGAAUGAAGUGGAAAAAAGAGUUGUAGCUUCACUCUUAACACUAAUGGAUGGCAUUGGUUCAGAAGGAAGUGAAGGACAAGUGUUGGUUCUUGGGGCCACAAAUCGCCUGCAUGCUUUGGAUCCUGCACUCCGAAGACCUGGACGAUUUGAUAAAGAGAUUGAGAUUGGCAUUCCUAAUGCUCAGGACCGGCUAGAUAUUCUCCAGAAACUGCUUCGAAGGGUACCCCAUUUGCUCACUGAAUCUGAACUGCUGCAGCUGGCAAAUAGUGCUCAUGGAUAUGUUGGAGCAGACUUGAAAGCCUUGUGUAAUGAAGCAGGUCUCUGUGCCAUGCGGAGAGUCCUGAGGAAACAGCCUAACCUCCCUGAUAGUAAAGUUGCUGGCAUGGUGAAGAUUACUCUGAAUGAUUUCUUACAGGGAAUGAAUGACAUCAGGCCCAGUGCCAUGAGGGAGGUAGCAGUUGAUGUUCCAAAUGUAUCCUGGUCAGACAUAGGAGGACUAGAAAAUAUCAAACUGAAAUUGAAACAGGCUGUUGAGUGGCCCUUGAAACAUCCAGAGUCUUUUGUCCGAAUGGGUAUUCAGCCACCUAAAGGAGUUCUUCUGUAUGGGCCACCUGGAUGUUCUAAAACAAUGAUAGCAAAGGCUUUGGCCAAUGAGAGUGGACUGAAUUUUCUAGCUAUAAAGGGGCCUGAGUUAAUGAAUAAAUAUGUUGGCGAAUCUGAAAGAGCAGUUAGAGAGAUCUUCCGAAAAGCGAGAGCAGUGGCUCCUUCCAUUAUUUUCUUUGAUGAACUUGAUGCCUUAGCAGUUGAAAGGGGAAGUUCCUUAGGUGCUGGGAAUGUAGCCGACCGUGUUUUGGCUCAGCUGUUAACGGAAAUGGAUGGGAUUGAACAACUAAAGGAUGUGACAAUUUUGGCAGCUACUAACCGCCCGGAUAGGAUAGAUAAGGCUUUGAUGCGGCCUGGAAGAAUUGAUAGAAUCAUCUAUGUACCCUUACCAGAUGCAGCAACAAGAAAGGAAAUAUUUAAUCUGCAGUUUCACUCUAUGCCAAUCAGUAAGGAGGUUGACUUGAAUGAACUAAUUCUCCAAACUGAUACAUACUCAGGAGCGGAGAUUAUAGCUGUCUGUAGAGAGGCAGCUCUUCUGGCUCUAGAAGAAGACAUUCAAGCCAACUGCAUUAUGAAAAAGCAUUUCACUCAAGCCUUGAGCACUGUGACACCUAGGAUUCCUGAGUCAUUGAGACGUUUUUAUGAAGAUUAUCAAGAGAAGAGUGGGCUCCACACACUCUAAGAAAAUAUACAUGUUCAUUAUGGAAAAAAUCCUUUAUAGAGAAAAUUUGUUUCUUUUAAAAAUUUUUGUCUUGAGAAUGUUCAGAAAAAUCCUUAAUAGGCAAAUUGUCUAAAAUAUGUUCACUAGAAUUGAGGGGCUUCAGUUCUUAUAGAUAUUUUGAAUUAUAUGUGUACAUGGUUCAGACUCAGGGCAUGAGUUUAAAUCACUUUUAUCUGGAAUUCUGUGGUAAGUUUUAAAAGCAAAUGUUUAGCUUUUUAAUUUUUGACCUGGUCUGUUCAUCUCAUGAAACGAUUUAGUUACUUCAGAAUCUGUUUCAGUGUCCUCCUGAAUGCCAAACCUGUGGGCAUCAAUUUUAUAUAAGAACAUAGAAAAUGUAUAUGGAGAAAUGCAUAGUGAAAAAUAUUCACAAUUUUAUUUUGGAAUGCCAGCUGAUGAUAUGACCAAAUGUGCCAGCCAGGCUUACGUGCCCUUGUUUCCAAAUAUGUGUUCUCAUUAUAGUUCACACCUGCAUUUUCCCUUUAGCUUUCUUAACCUGUACCUAUGGCAAAAAAUUUCAAAAGUUAAGCAUUAUUUCAUAUAAUACAAUGCCCUUUGAAAGUUUAAAAAAUUAUAAGUGUAAGCCCAAUCUAAGUCUAGAGCAGCAGGCAUGGUUUUUUUUCCAUGAAGUGCUAUAAACAAAUCAUAUGGAGUGUUCAUGUUUUAACUCGUACAUAUUUUCAGGUUACCAGUAAACUUUUCAGUUCAAAAGUAAGCCAAAUUAUACUAUUAAUCAUAUCAUCUUCUGUUGCAUUCUAAAUAUGUGUAUUUAUACUCCUACUUAUUUUACCUUAGGAUUUCCUGACACUUUAAUACUCCAUAAAUACACUUGAAAAAGCUUUCAGACAGUGAUUCUCUGACUUUCAGAUCAGAAGCUGGCAAUGGAAAGAAUGCUCACUUAAACGUGGUCACUAUAGAUCUUUGAAAAUCCCUGGAAAGACAAGUUAGACAAGAAAUACCUGAUUAUCAAAAUACUGGCUUUGUGGUAGUAGAUAUAACAGUUUUGUGGUAGUAGAUAUUCUGAAGUCACAUCUCAACUAUUUCAUCCUGUGGCUAUCAGAAAUAAAUCACCCAAAGGACUAAGAAUAUUACUAUUUAGAACUGUGUUGUCAGAUAUAAUAACCACUAAUUACACAUGGCUAUUUAAAUUGAUUAAAAUUAAAUAAUACUAAAAUUUUAGUUUAUCAGACAUGUUAGCCAUAUUUCAAAUACUCAAUAACCACAUGUGAUAAGGUUCUACCAUACUGGACAGAAUAGAUUAUAGAACAUUUCCAUCAUUCACAAAGUUCUAUAGGACACUGCUGAUGUAGAAAAUAAGACACAUUGAAAUAAAUAGAACCUCAAAAUUAUCUUCUUGCUUUUUAUUUUCCUUUUUUAGUUAUUAAAAGAAAUACGAAAAUAGAGUCACUUAACUUCUUCCCUAUUAAAUGGAUGGCUGAGGGUACAAGAAUAUAAGAGAAAAAUUUAUCCCCAAGGGCCUUAACAAGAAAAUAAAAGAAAUAUGAUUCCCAAUAAAAUGAAAACUAAGAGGGUAAGUUGAAAUGACACUGAGGCCCUGGGGCUGUGAGCUAGGGGCUGGGGAGGAGGGUAACAAUCUCUGUCAACAAAGAGUUCAGAUGUUAAUGGCCACUCACAGCUUUCAGUGCAUAUGACAUAUGAAGUUAUAAUUGAACCUCACAUAAUGCCCAGAUCUUCAAUGACCAACACCCUCAGUGUAAGGUAGCCUAGAAAAGAAAUUCACUUGCUGGCCAGGAAGAGCACAAGGAACCUAAAAUAAAAUAAAUAAGAGGCCCCUCUGUGAAUUCUGACUGUGGGCUUAAACUGUCCAUGGCUUCAAGGUUUGAAUUCACACUACCUUCUAAUUCACAGAACUGUAAAACCUAGAAAUUGACAUAGAAACAUGGCUCCAGUGUAGAAAUAUCCUUGGGGUAACUAGAAGUUGUACUAGUUAGAGGAAUAGCCUCAUGUCGGCCACAGAGGAUUCCAACAGCUAACACUCUGCUUACAAAGAGCUUGUAAUCCCAAAGGAUACAGAGCAGUGGUGCCUUAUGUCUGCUGGUAGGAGCAUAAAUUUGUACAACCACUUUGCAAAGCAAUUGGCAUUUCUAGUAAUGUUGAAGACCUUAUAAUCCAACAGUUCUCUUAGGUGCAUGUCCCAGAGCAAGUAUCACAUGUGUGCAAUGAGAUAAUGAAUAAGAAAGUUUAUAGCACCAUUAUUUGUAAGUCAUAAGAACUUGGAAAUCUAAAUAUUCAUCAAUAAGAGAAUGGAUUUAUAUGGAAUAGUCAUAUAAUGGUAUACUAUGGCAAUAAAAAAUAAUUAGAGCUACAUGAAAAACAGGGAUGAAACUCAGAAACAAAAUUGAGCAAAAAAAGGCGUGUUUUAGAAGACCAUGGUAAUUAUUUAAAGUUUAAAGAGUGAAAAAUAAUAUGCAUUGUUUAUGGGAAAUUAUAGUGAAAGACUACAUAAAUGGAAAAGAAAAACACCAAAUACUGGGAGGAAUUUCCUCAUAGGAGAAAAGUUGGGGUACUUCAAUUGUAUCAGUAAUGUUUUUCAUAUCUUCAGCUGGCCAAUGGCAAUACAGAUGCUGAUUUAAUAUAGUCUACACAUUUUGUAUACCUAAGUAUUUUGUGGCAAUUUUUUAAAGAUGGGCCUCAAACCAACACAAUCAUAUCAUUCAGCUCAAUUCCAUGGAUUUUGAUAUAUUCAUAGUACUCAGAACCCCAUAUGUUUGGAAAAUCAGGAGUGUUGUGUAUGAUGGAAUAAAAUGCAGGAAGUCAAAUAAGAGAUCAAGUUUUUAGGACCCAGGAAACAAGUUGAGAGAAAAUUGUUGAUGCAAGUUAAUGUGUAGGUGAUACUCUCAUAUACUUACAGCAUGGGAGACAUUAAAUGUGGGCGUAAGACAUCUGUUUCCGUAGCAUUGUAGUCCUGCAAAGGCAUUAGAAGUUAAAUUUAAAAAUAUUUUAGAGCACUACAUCUUUAACUGUCAUAAACCAAUUAUUUAUAUCUCCAGAUAACCGAUUAUUACCCUUAGAAGGGCAUGCUAUUCCUUUAUUUGAAGUUUGUACCCUUUUUCCAGUAGUAACUGAAAAUCUGAGUCACACAAAAGAGGAGGUCAGAUGUCACUAAUAGCAGUUUAUUCCACCUUCAUCUCCAUGAGGGUUUUACUUCUAAUUCCAAAGUCUUAAAUGUUUAUGGAUUUAAAAGAGUGUAUGAUCCUCUUAUUUGGCUUUGCUUGUGAUAGAAUACGUGAGAAAAAAAUGAGUGGCUUCCUGUCUUAGGAAAACAAUUUCCUUUUUGGCAUCUGUUUGUUCAAAAGUUUGCCUUUGGUCCAGAUUCUUUUGGAAUUUCAGGGAUGUUCGCAUUGACGUGUCUUUUCAGAGUCCCUGGAGAUUUUAGUUUGAAUGGUAUAGUUAAUUUUUCUUCUAACAGUGAAACUUAGAAGAAUGGCUUCUAACUUUUCCUUCUUCAUAGCCAAGAAAGUGCCCUAACUUAGCUUGAAAAAUACUUAAUUGUCUUAUUUCUAAUGUGUCAAACAGGUUUUACAAAUAAUGUAUAGGUUUUUCAUUUUUGAAAAAUGAUUGAAUUUAAAACAAGUUUAUGUUUAAUUUAUCUUAAUGUGGAGAAGGCUACAGAAAAGUUGCUGUAGAGAUAGAAUAAAGUUAUUUCCCUUGUCUGUUAAUAAAGUUCCUGAAUGUGAGAUUA